UUUUUUUUUUUGGAUACACCAAAUAACAAAUUAAUUUCUGAGUAAUCGGUCUUCACAUUUCACACACUCACUAGCUCACUUUCCUUUACUUCUCUCUCCGUGCAUGCAAUUCUCGUUGAUCUCAACCCUCACUUUCGCCGGAAAUGACGAAUAACGGCAAGGGUAAAGGUAAAGCGGUCGCCGGAAAAUAUUCCGCCGGUAAGCGCAAGGGCAACUUCGACGAUGACAAGACCGGCGGUCUCAAGAGGAAAAAUCGAGGUAUCGUUCAGUUCUUCGAAGAAGAAGCCGCUGAUGUCAACGAAAGCGACGACAGCGACUUCAGUGAUUUCAGCGAUGAUUCUUAUGAAGAUGAAUUUGCUACCAUGUCAACAAUGAGGAACGAUACAUCUAAGGGUCAGAGUAGCCUCCCAUUUGUUAACCCCAAACAGGAACUGGUGGAUGAAGAAGAAUUUGAUAGAAUGAUGGAAGAACGCGUUGGGGCAGGAAGUUCUAGGUUUUUCUCCUUUGCUGGAGAUGAGUUUGAGGACAAACCAAUGGACCAUAAUGCUAUACAUCAUGAUGUUAAGGAAUCAAUUCCUACCAUAUGGAAAGUCAAAUGCACUGUUGGGCGCGAGAGGCUCUCGGCUAUCUGUCUGAUGCAAAAGUUUGUUCACCUGAAAUCACUGGAUACUAAAUUGCAGAUAAUAUCUGCUUUUUCUGUAGAUCAUAUGAAAGGAAUUUUAUACAUUGAAGCAGAAAGGCAGUGCGAUAUAAAUGAGGCAUGUCAAGGGAUUACUGGUAUCUACGCUACUCGAGUGCAACCUGUUCCGAGAAGUGAAGUUUUUCAUCUGUUCUCUGUUAAAAUUAAAAAACCUGAAAUUUCUGAGGGCAUGUGGGCUCGCAUAAAAGGGGGUCAUUACAAGGGGGACUUAGCACAGGUUGUGGCAGUAAAUAAUGCGCACAAAAAGGUUACCGUGAAGCUUGUUCCAAGAAUUGACCUACAAGCUCUUGCCGCCAAAUUGGGUGGAGGUCCUGGAGGAUAUAGUCGCCAAAAAGCUGCAGUUCCAGCACCGAGAUUAAUCAGCUCCACUGAACUUGAGGAGUUCCGACCUCUGAUCCAAAUCAAACACGACCGAGAAACUCGCACAACUUUUCAGGUUCUUGACGGCUUGCAGCUCAAGGAUGGAUAUGUUUACAAGAAAUUAUCUCCAGAUUCGUUAAGUUUCUGGGGUGUUGUUCCCACUGAAGAACAGAUAUUGAAGUUUGGGUCUUCUGAAAAUAAUGAAUCAAAUGAUAUGGAGUGGCUUUCUAACAUUUAUGGCGACUCAAAGAAAAAACGGGUUAUAGUAGCUGACAAGGGCGAUGGUAAAGGAGAGGGCUCAUCAGGUUCUGGUGCAGUAAAUGGUUUUGAAUUAUAUGCUCUUGUGUGUUUUCGCAAAAAGGACUUUGGUGUGAUAAUCGGCAUGGAUAAAGAUGGUACUUACAAGAUUCUAAAAGAUAGUCCAGAAGGACCUACUGCUGUAACUGUUCAACAAAGUGAAAUAAAAAGUGCGCUGUGUGAUCUGAAACUUACUGCCCAGGACUUUUACAAUAAGACUAUAGUCGCUAAUGAUAACGUCAGGGUUAUGGAGGGUCCAUCCAAGGAUAAACAAGGCAUUGUUAGGCAUAUCUAUCGUGGGAUUGUCUUUCUAUAUGAUGGAAAUGAGGAAGAAAAUGGUGGUUACAUCACUGCUAGAGCUACUAUGUGUGAGAAAAUCAAGCUUGCUGUUGGUGAUUUUAGUGGUGGAAAGGAUAGUGAACCAGGUCCUUUAGUCUUUGAUGACCAACCAUCAUCACCAAGGUCACCACUGUCACCUAAAAAGCCAUGGCAAGCAAGAGAAAGUAACUUUAACCGUGGUGACAGUGAUAGCUUGUUUGCUAUUGGCCAGACCUUGAGAAUUAGGAUAGGUCCUUUGAAGGGAUACCUCUGCCGUGUCACUGGCAUACGCCGCUCUGAUGUUACUGUGAAACUAGAUUCUCAGCAAAAGUUUCUUACAGUUAAAUCUGAGCACCUUUCUGUGGUUCAAGGGAAGAGUACCGCUGUGUCAACAAGUGGUGAUCCACAUUCAAGUUCAUUGAAGCCAUUUGAUUUGCUGGGCACUGAAGGAAGCUCUGGAGGUUGGAUGAAUAAUAGUGCGGGAACGUCCACUGGGGGUGGUGGAUGGAAUGCUGGAGAAACAUCAGCUGAAAGGAGUGCGUGGUCUAACCAUUCUGCUCCAAGUUCCAUGCCUGGGUCUACAUCAGACCCCUUCAGUUCCGAGGGUAAUGCAGAAGAUAAUGCCUGGGGUACCAAAAAACCUUCAACUUCGCAGCCCUCAUGGGGUGCUGCAGUGAGCACUGGGAUCACAUCUGAUCAAGAUCAGUCUGGUGGCUGGGGAAAAAGUGGGGGCAGCGAAGAUACUGCCUGGGGCACUAAAAAGACUUCAACUCCGGUGCCCUCAUGGGGUGCUGCAGUGAACACUGGAGUCACAUCUGAUCCGGAUCAGUCUGGUGGCUGGGGAAAAAGUGGGGGAAGCUCGGGUCAGGUAGAGAUUAAUGACAAUCAGAAUAAUAGUUGGAACAAUAAAACUAAUAAUUUGGAUGGAAACGAAGCCUCUGGAUGGGGCAGUAAAAGCAAUUUGAAUACAACCAAAGCUUCUGAUGGUGAGUCUUCUGGUUGGAACAGUAUCAAAAUGCCAAAGGAAAGCUCAGCAACUGGCUGGGGUCAAGACAAUGGCAUUAAAAGUGGAUCAAAUGAUGGAGGAAGUGGAGUUGAUGACGUUGGGAAGCCAUCACGUUUGGAAGGAAAUAACAAUUGGAAUGCUACGACAUCUCCCCAAGUGAAAUCUGGAUGGAGUGAGAAUUCUUCUGUAGAUGAUAAAAAGGGAAAAGGUAAUGAUCAAGGUGGUUGGGGUGCAGGAAAAGCUUCAGAUGGUUCAACUGCUGGUGAAAACCAUAAUUCUGCCUGGGGUUCUCUGAAAUCUAGCUCGAGUAAUGCUGGUUGGAAAAGUGGGUUGAAUGAGGGAGUCCAAGAAGGUUCUAAUUGGGGCAACAAAAAAUCUGGUUCAAGUGCUGUGGCUGAAACUCAGGGUUCUGAUUGGGGAAAGACUGCUAAUUGGAGCUCUGCAUCUGGUAAUGCUGGUGGAAGUCAAGGUGAUGGUUUUGGCCAGAAAAGUAAUUGGCAAUCCGGAUCUACGAAUGACUCAAAUGAAAAGAAAUCUGUUGGAUGUUCAUCAGCGGGUUGGGGUCAGGGCACUGCCAAGAGUGAUUCUGCUGAUGGAUCAAAACAAGUUUCUAAUUGGGGUUCCUUGAAAUCAGGAUCAUCCAGUGAGAAUGAGAAUCUGAAUUCCAACUGGAGCUCUGGGCAUAAUGAUCCGGGAAAACAAGAUUCAAGUUGGGGCAAGAAAAGCGAUUGGAACUCGGGAAACAGUGGAAGCCAGGCUUCAGAUAUCAAAAAUAGCAACUGGAAUUCUGGUAGUUCUGAUCCCCAAACUCAAGAUUCAAAUUGGGGCAAGAAAAGUAGUUGGAAUUCUGAAUCGGGUGGUGCAAGUGAAGCCACCAAUUGGAAAAGCAAUGGAAACUGGGGCUCAGGAAAUGCCUCAAGUGGUGAUAAAUUGGGUGGUGUAGCCGAAGGUCCAAAUGAAACUUCUGAUGUUGGAGGUGGUGGGAACUGGAGGGGAGGUUACCGUGGUAGAGGUGGCUCUGACAGAGGUGGCUUUAGAGGUAGAGGUUUUCGGGGCAGAGGAGAACGUGGGGACUCUGGUGGCCGGGGGGAACGAGGUGGAGGCUUUGGUGGUAGAUGGGGAUCAGACAGAGGAUUCGGAGGCAGAGGCCGUGGAAGGAAUGACCAACCUGGUGGUUGGAACAACAGUCGUGAUUCUGGUGAGGAUGGAUCCUCUGACUGGAAGAAUAAAAAUGGGUCUGGGGCUUGGAACCAGAACAGUGGUGACAAGAAGGAUGGAGGGAGCUGGAGCCAUGAAAAUGCAGAUAAGGAGCGCUCAAGUAAUCCUGGAGGUGGAAGUAAUAAGCAAUGGCAGAGCUGGGGUUCAGCAAGUGGUGGAGCUAGUGGUAGUUGGAACAAUGAUGGACCGGGACAGGUGACAGAGGCCAAAGACGGGGGUGCUGGCUGGGGCAAGGGAACAGAUUCUGCUCAGGAAAAUAUUUCAGCCAAGGGAGAUAGUUGGGCUUCCCAUGCUCCAGAUAAGGGUCAAUCAUCUAGUUGGAAUCAAUCAGCAGCAGAUGGUGCUGGUGGUUCAUGGGGCAAGAAAAAUGAUGGGGGUGACAAAGGUGGAUGGUAAUUACUUUUUAGAAUGUGUUAAACGAACCAAAGGAUAUCGAGCUCAGGCAUUUCUAACUGCAGAUUUCAAUCGUAUUUUGUAAAUCCCUACAAAUCUUUCUGCUGGAAUUUCAUGUCUAUUAUGUUAACUUUAAUUAUUGUUAACAGAUCCGAUGACUAACCUUUUCUGCUUCUGUUAUGCAAUGAAUGUUCCAUGAGUGAAAUACAGUGUUCUUUUGCGUUCGUGUGUA